UUGGCGCGGGCGGUGGCGCGGGCGGUUAAGCGGCAGGCAAAAGGUGCACAGAAUAGCAUUGAUGAGGAGCAUGUUUUAGCUUUAAUUCUAAAAGAAAAUGAUUUGGAUGAAACAAAAUGUAUAAAAAAAUUGAAAGAAUAUUGUCAAGAACUGAAAGAAGCAAAACUAACAACGGAAAAAGUUCAUGAAAAACUAAAGGAUAUCUGUGAUAACACAAAACGAGAUGAAAAAUGUAAAAAACUAAAAACUAAAGUUACUGAAAAGUGCAAUGAAUUUAAAACAAAAAAGUUAGAACAAGCGUUAAAGAAACUAUCUGAUAAUGAUUGCAAAGAAAAUGAACGACAAUGCCUAUUUUUGGAGGGAGCAUGCCCUGAUCUUGUAGAGGAUUGUAACAAACUAAGGAAUCUAUGUUACCAGAGAAAACGUGACGGUGUAGCGGAAGAAGUCCUUUUGAGGGCAGUUCGCGGAAGUUUAACUAAUAAAACUACAUGUGAAGGAAGGCUCAAAGAAGCUUGCAUAGAGUUGAGUCAAGAAAGUGAUGAAUUAACGAAGCUUUGUCUUUAUCAAGAAACAACAUACGUAAGUCUUGUAGCAAGAGGAAAGAGUAAAUGUGAUACUCUGAAAAAAGAAGUUGAAGAAGCACUUAAGAAGAAUGAAUUACGAGAAAAAUGUCUACCAUUACUUGAGCAAUGCUAUUUUUACAGAGGAGAUUGCGAAGGUAUACCAAACUGUAAUAAAUCUAAACAAGACUGCAAAGAAUAUGUACCAGAGUGUGAUACAUUGGCAGAGAAGUGUGGAAAAGAAAAUAUUGUUUAUAUGCAUCCGGGACCCGAUUUCGAUCCAACUAAGCCAGAGCCUACAGUAGCAGAGGACAUAGGGCUGGAAGAGCUUUAUAAGAGGGCCACAGAAGAAGGUGUUCAUAUUGGAAGGCCUCCUGUAAGAGAUGCAACUGCUCUACUGGCACUUUUGAUUCAGAAUCCAACUAAUACUCAACCGGAAAAAAAAGAAAAAUGCAAAAAUGUUCUUAAAGAUAAGUGUAAAGAGUUAAAAAAACACGAGGUUUUGGGAUAUCUGUGUAAUGAUAAUGGCUCUGCUAGUCAAAAUGGAACUGAAAAGUGUGGAAAACUAGAGAAGGAGCUAGCAAACAGUACUAAAAUUCUUUCUGAAAAAAUAAAGAAUAAACAUCUCUCUGGAUCCGGAAAAACCAUUCCAUGGUAUAAGUUGUCGACAUUUCUUAGUGACAGUGACUGUGCAAGGUUAGAAUCAGACUGUUUUUAUUUAAAAAGUCAAGCACCUCUUGACAAAGAAUGCAAUAAUCUGAAGGCAGCAUGUUAUAAGAGAGGGCUUGAAGCACGAGCCAAUGAAGCAUUGCAGAGAAAGAUGUACGGAUUGUUCCGUGGUUCAGGCAAAGAAUGGUUUAAGAAGCUAUUGGAUAAGAUAAUGAAAGAGUGUUCGGAACUUAAAACAACAAGUGAUGAGUUGUUUUUGCUAUGUAUUGAUCCACUUAAAGCAGUUAGAAUACUUGCAGCUGAUAUCCAAACAAGAGCGGUCUUUUUGCGGAAACAAUUGGAUCAAAAGCGAGAUUUUCCAACAGACAAAGACUGCAAGGAAUUGGGGAGAAAGUGUGAGGCUUUAGGAAAGGAUUCAAAUCAGAUUCAAUGGCCAUGUCAUACGCUAAAGCAACAAUGUGAUCGCUUAGGAACUACAGAAAUUUUGAAGCAGGUUUUAUUGGAUGAACACAAGGAUACUUUGAAAGAUGAAGAAAGUUGUGUAGAAUAUCUAAAAGAAAAGUGUAAUAAAUGGUCUAGAAGAGGCGAUGACCGUUUCUCUUUUGUAUGUGUCUUCCAAAACGCUACGUGUGAGCUGAUGGUAAAAGACGUACAAGAUAGGUGCAAAGUAUUCAAAGAAAAUAUAGAGAAUUCAAAAAUCAUUGGAUUUCUUAAAAAUAACACGGGUAAAAUAACAAGAUUAGCAAAUAUUUGCCCAUUUUGGGACCCAUAUUGUGACAAAUUUUCACCUAAUUGUCUAGAUCUUACGAAAGAAAAUACUCUUUGUACAAAGAUCAAGAAGCAUUGUGAACCAUUCUAUAAAAGAAAGGCCUUGGAAGACGCUCUCAAAGUAGAGCUUCGAGGAAAAUUAGGUGAUCAAGAUAAAUGCAAUUUGGCACUAAAAGGAUAUUGUACACAAUUAGAAAAAUUAAAUAAUGAAUCUAUCAAAAGUUUAUGCAAAGCUAACACCAAAGAUAACCCUAAAAAGAGCAACGAAGAUGCUAAAAAGGAACUCUGUGAGAAAUUAGUGGAAGAAGUAAAAGAACAAUGCAAAACAUUACCAGCAGAACUAAAACAACCAGCAGACAAUCUAAAAAAAGAUGUUAAGACAUAUGAGGAACUUAAGGAAGAGGCAAAGAAAGCAAUGAACAAGUCCAGCCUUGUUUUAUCACUCGUUAAGAAAGACGGAAAUAAUACACCGAAAAAUAAUAGCAAAAGCGAAGAUAAGAAUGACGUUUCAAACGGACUUCAAGAUACCACAAAACAUGUGAAAAUACUACGGAGAGGAGUUAAGGAUGUAUCCGUAACAGAAUUAGAAGCUAAAGCAUUUGAUUUGGCAGCAGAAGUAUUUGGAAGAUAUGUAGACUUGAAAGAAAGAUGUAAUAAAUUGGAAUCAGAUUGCGGAAUUAAGGAGGAUUGCAAAGACUUAGAAGAAGUAUGCAAAAAGAUUAAUAAGGCUUGUCGCAAUCUGAAGCCUCUGGAGGUGAAGCCGCAUGAAACAGUGACAGAAAGCACAACGACGACCACGACGACAACAACGACCGUUGCCGAUCCGAAGGCAACGGAAUGCAAAUCCUUACAGACAACAGACACAUGGGUUACACAGACUUCGACACACACAAGCACGUCUACCAUCACAUCUACAAUUACAUCAAAAAUAACACUCACAUCAACGAGGCGGUGCAAACCAACCAAGUGUACGACAGGGGAUGAUGCAGAAGACGUGAAGCCAAGUGAAGGCUUGAGGGUGAGCGGGUGGAAUGUGAUGAGGGGGGUGAUAGUAGCAAUGGUUAUUUCGUUCAUGAUUUAG